UCUUUCAAACCACAUUUUGCAGCCUGAAGUAUGGCUGUGUUCAAAUGUUUGGGUGCCGGUGUAAACGAAAAGGAUUCAACCUUCAAAAAGGCUAACAAGAAAGAACGGCUACCCAUUGGGCAAAAGUUUUCUCACGGAGUGGGCCAUAUUUACAACGAUUUGACUGCUAACGCAUGGUUCAGCUAUUUAAUAAUUUUCCUUACCAAGGUCGCAGGGUUGUCAAAUUUUUAUGCCGGGCUAGUUAUACUCGCCGGUCAAAUAACCGAUGCGACUUGCACUCCAUUCAGCGGAUUUUUAAACGAUCGCACAGUGAAUACUUACGGCCGGCGCAAAACCUGGCAUUUAAUUGGGACAGUAUGCAGCACGCUCGCCUUCCCUCUUUUAUUUAACCGAUGUCCCGGUUGCCAGGAUAGCAGUGAAGCAGUAAAGCUCACGUACUACGUCAUCUGUGGUUGUGUUCUUCAAUUAGGCUGGGGAUGCGUUCAAGUCAGUCAUUUGUCGCUGAUACCAGAAAUAUCCAAAUCAGCCAGUGAACGAGUCGAGCUGAAUGCCAUCAGGUCCGCCCUUACAUUUCUUUGUGGUAUUUACGUUUAUGGAGUCACGUGGAUUCUUCUUGGUCAAAGCAAAGAAGAGACACUUUCUCCGAAUGUUUGGAAGCAAUUUAUGUAUCUUGGUUUUAUCGUCGUGGGAACUGGUACGUUGUUUAAUAUCAUUUUCCACGUCGGAACGAGAGAGCCUCCUUCAGAAGCCUUGCUGGAACGGCAGAAGAAAAAUGUUCAGGGUACCAGUGAGAAAAAAGCUCUUCUCAAAGUUGACUGUGAUCCUUCCCCUUCGACUCGUCGUUCAUCUCAGCGAGUAACCACAUCUGUAUGCGGCAAAUCAGAGACAGCAUCAUCUUCAUCUUGCAGUGACGAACUCACUUCCAUUGAGUCAACGUUGGUAGAAAAGCAGGCGGAAACUCCGGGUCAAUAUGACAUCAUUGAUAGGAGUGCCUCAAAAGGAGGCCAAAAGAUUUGGAAAGACUGGCUAAAAGACCCCGCCUUUUAUAAGACCGGUUUAGUUUACACUUGCAGUAGGCUUGUUGUAAAUGUCUCUCAGUCGUAUUUACCACUUUACCUGACAGAAACACUUAAGUUUGAAAAGGAAGCUAUCGCCUAUUUCCCUCUUGUGGUGCUGAUCAGUGGUGUAUUUGCCAGUGGAACAGUCAAGCCACUGAACAAAAGACUUGGUAGUAAAAUAACAUUUUCCUUGGGUUGUAUGCUGGCCUUGAGUGCUUGCUUUUGGUUCUACGUUCAGGACAUUAAAGGAAAGAAUGUUAUUUACGUCACUGCGGUUAUUAUGGGAUGUGGAGGAUCUGUUAUGCUAGUGACGUCAUUAUCUCUCAUAGCAGAGCUGAUUGGUCAUGACAAGAAAUCCGGCGCCUUCGUUUACGGGACAAUCAGCUUCACAGACAAACUGUCCAGCGGUGUCACCAUUGCUAUAAUUCAAGAAAUGAAUCCGCGUACUGACAUGACUGCGGUUUGUCCAUCCUGUGAUGAAUUUGUGAGAAACGUCCAAAGUUUCGCUCCGGGGCUAGCUGCGCUGGUUGCUCUAAUUUCCAUUAUGCUGUUUUUUGAUUCAGUCUUCGUUUGUAAGAGGAAAGUGGAAAAAGUUGAUAUGGCCGUACAGACUAAUGAUGGAAGUUGUGAAGAAGGGAGCAGCUGUGUAAUCGCACAAUUCUACGAGGAAAUGGAAAAAGAGAAAGAGUGUGAGAAGUCUUUGAAAUUGGAUCACGAUUUCGAGAAGAAUUCAUCCAGUGUAAGAGAUGUUUAUGGGUUUCCCCGAGCCAUGAACAACUAUGCUGCCAGUAGGUUGGCUUCUCCUCAGCUACCGUCUCCAUUAUUGGACCGACGCACUGUACUGUAAUCACCCUAUCGCCUGUUUUUCUCUAAUUAUUGCAGAGCACUGUUGCACAGCGGCUAAAUAACAGCAGUACGUUAUUGUUGUCCAUGAUGCAUCAAGCAUUGAUCAUGUGCAACCCGUUGCCAGGGUACACUAUGUAUUAUAUUAUUACUAUACAUUAGUGGUUCUAAACCUGCACUAGGAAAAAACUUGAACAUUAUUUUGUCCGGUCAAUAGGACCCUAAGUUAAUUACUUUUUUUUAUCGAAAAAGUUCAAAUUAGUCUCAAAAAAACUUCUUGGACACUUUGCGUCGGGAAGCCUUUACAGAGCCAUCUCAAAUUUUCUUAAGUUAACUAAACCGAGAACAAAAGGCGAAAGUAAAAGAUCCUGAAAAACAUUCCUAAAAGGAGGGUCAUUGAAUUUGGUAACCAGUUCUCGCGACAAAACAGGUAAAAAAAAAAAAGGUUAAAAUCGACGUAUACAUUGAAAUAAGUGGACUGGAAACAAUACCAUGACUUAACUUU